UUUUUAUUACUAUAGUUUCAUCAAAUACAACAUAUCUCCGAUCUCUGUACUUCUCUCUCCCGCCCCACACUCCGAUAUCUGUUUACCCGAUAACCCAUAUCUCCACCCUUAACCCCUUCUUUUCCUUUGACUUUAAUUUUAUUGUUUUCCAUAUAAUUUUGAUUUUUUACGCUUGAAUCCUUUGAUAUGGCCGACGAAGUUAACAAAACUGCAUUUUUAGAGAUUCAAGGUCGAAUGAUUGAGCUCACUGGCAAAUUGAAACAGGUGCAAAACCAGAUGCGAAACAAGGAAGGAGAAAAGAAGCGUGCUUUCUUAACGUUGGAGGAGCUAGGUCAGCUGUCUGAUGAUACAAAUACGUACAAAUCCAUAGGGAGAACGUUUGUUUUAGAGCCUAAGUCAGUUUUAAUGAAUGAACAAGAACAGAAGCUGAAAGAUAGUGAGUCUGCAAUUGCUUCAUUACAGACCUCGAAGGAGUACUUGGAAAAACAGAUAGCCGAGGUGGAGAACAACUUGAGGGAGCUGCUGCAGCAAGAUCCAGGUCUCGCUCGUCAGAUAAUGUCCAUGAGUGUAAUUUGAUUUUCUCUCUCUCGUUGAAAAUAUCUUGGUUUCUUGUGUUCCUUUAGCACUGUGAGCGAAACAAAAACGCUUAUCAUAUCCCAUUUUGGGUCUAAUUUGCGUGGCCGUGUUCUGACUUAGCUACAUCUGCAACUUCCUGUUCUUCAAUCUAUCAAUCUCCAUGUCUUGCCUUUAUGGUGUGAAGUAAAGAAAAACAA